GUUUUCCGGUUCCGUUCCGAUAUAUAACCUGUCCCGAUGCACGCUACUGGGGAACAUGGCGGGUCCGUGGUGGAGGCAAUGCAAGAGGUGGACUACAAUCUGUGGGAACACGAGUUUAUUUGAGACGCUGUGGCAGUCUAACAGCAGGUCCGCGUCCUUCACGGCGUCCUCUCUGGGGCGGACCUCCACGAACUCGAGGCCGGGGAACGAGGUGAGUAUGCGGGGCUGUGAGUGUGAGGACACCGGGCAGGGAGUGCUGUCAAACCCAGGAAGGUCAUACACUAACCGGGAGCUGUCAGCCCCUCUGCAGACUGCUCUGUUUCUGCUCCUUAAAGAGUUAGGUACAUGAAGUGUUAAUGCAGGUACUCUCUUUAUUCUCUUUUAUUUUUAUUUAAGUAUAUUUGUUAAAUGAAUGGAGACUUGUUGCAGGAGGUGUUGGCUCAUUUAGAGAUCCAGGUUCAGGCAGAAAGGUCAAGACCUGCCCCUGACUUUCCAGCUGAUUACACUAAGUCCUGUCCUUCACUGAGCCAGAAGCCCACCUCAGUCUAACCUGUGUUGUACAAACCUCCCAUUCAUUUACAAUAAAGCUAUAUUCAUUCAUUCAUUCACUUAUGAAGCACUGACAAACAUGUCUGUCCUCAGGUUUUAUGAAGUAGUUACUUCCUGAAGAACCACAAGUGUGAAACUACAAAAUUUCACAACAAGAGAGCUAAAGACACCCUCAGAGGAUGUGAAAUAACUCAAAAACAAAAGCUUUAUCAGAGUCUGUCAUUGUUUUGAUUUUUGAUGAUGAUUAUUUUUAAAAUGAUUAUUAUAUUUAACCUUAGAACACCAUCGCUAAAAUUAGUAACCCCAUCACUAUCACCGGGUGAUUUUUACCCGAAAUAAUAUACCUAAGAAAAAGUCCUUGUCAUAAAAAUAUAUCAAAAGAGGACAAAACAUGACAAAUUAAAGUAGUUUUCUUUAUUUUUAACUGUGCAAUGUUCAAAGGGAAAAAGUGACAUGAGAGGAUCAUACAAAAAUGCAACAAAAUAACUGAAAUAAGGCAUUCAUGAACAAAAAAUUCCCAAAAUAUAAACUGUAAACUUAGUUUCUUAGUUUAUAAACUGAGUCUUUGGCACAAUAACAGCUACAGGAGAGAGAACCAAAAUAUGGCAGAUUUUGAUCGAGUAAAAAUGACCAGCUGACUAAAAUAUUUCUUAUAGCAUAUGAAUUCCCUUGAAAAUCACUGUUUUGUGAUCAUUAUUCAUAACCACUGCACUAAAUAAAGAUAACAUGUAAUUUCCAGGACCACUCUUACUGACCUUAUUCCCUACAUGCAGCUAUCAAACCUAGUUACCCUGUAGGAAAAAGCAGUUUUGCAUCAGGGAAACAAAUAUCCCUUCAACGAUGUCAAAAGUAAUGCUGAAGCUACCCAGGGACCCAUGAUACUCAGACAAACGCAACAUCGUGAAAAUCACGUUAACAUGUUUCGAUACGUGAUAGUGAUCUAGGGUUAAUGUUGUUUUUAAGGUGUGGAAGGACAACAGACACACAACACGCAAUUCUCAUGACGAUAAUAACAUCAUAAGUGUCAAAAAUCAUUGAAAAGGUCAUUCUGAAGUAAUUUUUGAUUAAUGUUCUUUUAUUUCAGAGGCAAUCAUCAGUUACACCAACAGAAACACACCUGAAACGUUUACACUUUACCUCGUCUAUCUCCAGGUGAGUGUCAUUAACCAGAAACUAAUGAGUAAUUUUAUUAUUAAUUAUGGUCUACAAGUUAUAUAUAGAAUAUUUAAAGUGCUCGUUUUAGCAAAUAGAGACUUUUAAUUAUUCAAAAUAUCAACUAUUUCUCAUUAGAGCUGUGUCCAACUGACAGUAUGUAAAUUAAAGCUCCAGUGAGAAGUUUUUCGAUGUUUAUGAAUUGACUGAAAUUCAUCUUAAUGCUUUUUUAUGACACAAUGAGACCAUCAGUAAUGAUGAUUUUUAUGCUGUAGUUUUUAAUGUCUUAAAGUGUUACGAGGGGGUAGGUGCUCCUCAAUGUUCACAAUCACAUUGUCGGAUAAAAAAGGCUUUUGACACCACCUGAAAGUUGCUUACAGGAGCUUUAAGGUGUCUUUAUUUUCUAUCAUAGAAAUCCAAGAAAAGUAUAUAUUGUCAAAUUUUUGUCACUUUAGUUAAAAAAAAUAAACAAACAAAAGGCAGUACUUUUUUGCAUGGCUGUUAUUUAUUCAGUUGAUUGUUGCUAUUCUCCUUUACACUUUUUAAGUCUAUAACCAAAUGUCCACUGCAUUUUAAAGUGUUGUAUUAGUUUGUCACAGACUUGGUUAAACCCCUAAAAAAAGUCUGUUUUGAAGGAUCCUAAUUGUAACUUUUUGAUGUGAUUUCAACUUGUGGUUUUAAUCCUAAAUUACAUGACGUGUUUAUAAUUUUUUGACCUGAUUUUUUGUGUUUUUUCUGUCUCUCUUUCAGACACAAGUCCAGGCUGCUGGAUCCCAAACUACAGACGUGCUCCUGCAGAAAAAUACACAGCGAUGCCAAGCUUCUAGACCCCUUCACACUCGCGCAGAGAGAUUUAAAGAGUUUAUACGACGACAUCAGAAAGGUGCGUUCAGAGCAGGAAAUCUGUUGCUGUCGUGGUUUUCUGCAGAUGUUUAUCUCCGACUCUGGCUGGUUGUGACGCAGAUUUUAAAACUUUGCUUCACAGGAAUUGUUUGUAUCCAAAGAGGAGCUGAAGUAUGUAUGUGAUUACUACUUUGAUGGCAAAGGCAAAGCGAUCCGACCAAUGAUAGUCGUCCUGAUGGCCCGGGCGCUAAACAUCCACAGCAACAGAUCCGGGUAAGACCGGAUCACUUUACUGCUUCAUAUUUCACCAGAAGAUUCCGUUUUAUUUGCUGCUGCUCACACAGAUCGGCCUUUGAUACAGUCAUAGGAGUGAUUGUAAACCAUCCAGGUUUUUAUACGAACUUACUUCCUUCAAACACUUAUUGUUUUUGCCCUCUGUAGAGAUCUGCUCCCAGGUCAGAGGGCCAUCGCAAUGAUCUCAGAAAUGAUCCACACUGCCAGCCUGGUGCACGACGACGUUAUAGACGGGUCAGAUAAACGACGAGGGAAGAAUACCAUCAAUGAAAUGUGGGGAGAAAGGAAGGUAAGAGAAAGGAAAGAUGUCCUUUUCUUUAAAAUCAACAUUUAAAAAAGGAAAAUGAUCUCAAUUGUUUGUUUUCUCCUUCAGGCCAUCUUGGCCGGAGAUUUCAUCCUCUCUGCUGCCUCCAUGGCUCUGGCCCGUAUCGGUAACAUCACAGUGGUGAAGGUGUUGUCCCAGGUGAUAGAGGAUCUGGUGCGAGGUAUGGAGAUCCUCCUGCUAAGGCCAUUUUGAUACAUCAGACACAGUCAGGGAUGCAUUUAAUAAUUUAUCAAUUAAAUUCAUUGGGAGAUGGUCCUUUUUAGGUUUUUGUCUUUAGUGUUAUCUCAAAAUUUACAGAGUUUCACUCGGUUAUGAAUCAGUGCAUUUCUAGAAAUAAAGUUUAGAUUUUUACCUAAAAGUAACAAAGGUCACUUUGCACACUGGAAGGUUAAAAACACUUUGACAACACUGAAACUGAAAUACUUCAGUAAAUCUUGUAGGUGCUUGACCUCAGACAAGAGCAUCUCAAGUUAAAGAAACUUCAUGCUUUUCCUCCACUACACCUUAGAAGCAAAUAAUUCCCUGUUUUAAUUCGCUCCACCAUCUUUGUCUGACAGCUGUAGUUACUCGCUCAGGAUCUCCGCUCUCACAUAUACUGAUUGUGUUACUUGUGUUUCCAGGUGAGUUCAUGCAGCUGGGCUCCAAAGAGAACGAGAACGAGAGAUUCAAACACUACCUCGAGAAAACCUUCAAGAAGACAGCCAGUCUUAUUGCAAACAGUUGUAAAGCAGUAUGUACGUUCUGUCUCCACACUAAUACCGCUGAGUUGGAGGAAAGCUUCGGCUUUGACAGCCUGUGUUUUUUUGUUGACUGUUUUUCCUCUCUUUGCUUUAAGGUUUCCAUUCUAGUAAAUUCUGAUCCGGAAGUUCAUGAAAUCGCUUAUCAGUACGGGAGGAACGUGGGCAUCGCAUUUCAGGUCAUUUGUGAUCUCUGAAAUAGUCUUGACUCUGUACCUGAAACUUAUAAAUGAAGAGACUCAAUAAUUGAAUUUUAAGAGUGCAGAAAGAUAACUGUCUGGGAUGAUUUUUCUCUCUCCUGUAGCUGGUGGAUGAUGUCUUAGACUUUACGUCAGGGGCCAAUCAGCUGGGGAAGCCCUCAGCUGCAGAUCUCAAACUGGGUUUGGCUACAGGGCCGGUCCUGUUUGCUUGCCAACAGGUGAGACUUACAUCAACGUUUCAACAUGGUACUAAACCAGCUGCAUCUGGAGCUUUAGACUCCAAUCUCUGUACACUAAAACAAGCUGUAACUGCCAGGCCAAAGUGGCGCCCCCUGCUGUUUGUAAACCUCCGUUUUUUUCUGUUUUUCUAGUUUCCUGAGCUUCACGCAAUGAUCAUGAGACGGUUCAGCUCUAAAGGAGACGUAGAUCGAGCCUGGCAGUACGUCCUUCAGGUGAGACGAAUAAAACAUGCAAAACUUUAUCAAGGAGAACAAUUACAACUCUACAAAAGUACAGUUUUUAAUGGUAUUACAGUGUGUUCUAUGGUGUGAGUAGAGAGUGACGGUUGAGCGUCUAAAUCAGUGAUUACAGAUAAUGAACUUAAUCCAGAUUUGAGAGAAGACAGUAAACAUGUAAAACAGGUUUAUGAUUAAACUUAAACGACCUGCCCAGGUGUCGUCUCUGUGUGGGAAGUGUUGGGUGUGUCUCAGAAAGGAUUUGUAAAUCUGUUAAUUCCUCAAAAGUGGUAAAUUGGGAUGAACAUCCUGAGACUGGACAGGCUCUUUUUUCACUGAAAAUCUUGUGGGACUACUUCUUGUUUCCCAUCAGAGAAGAAAACAUGCAGGAAAUUGCUCAUAGAUCUGCUAAAUAUGAAAACGACUGAAAAUUUUAAAGUUUUGAUUUUCGAAACCAUCGAGGUUUUUCUACAUUUUAUAAUAUGAGAGAGAUGUAAAUGAAAUGAGAGCUCACCUUGGUUGGGUUAUACCUCGGUUUCUUCUUCAGAGCGACGGUGUGCAGCAGACAAACUUCCUGGCCCAGCGCUACUGUCAAGAAGCCAUCCGGCAGAUCAGCAUGCUGAGGCCGUCUGCAGAGAGGGACGCCCUCAUCAGGCUCACUGAGAUGGUUCUCACCCGGGACAAAUAAACCUCAGCUAGACUCCACUUCAGGCAGCUACCUACCUGUGAGAAAACUCACCCCACAUACUCUGCCUCAGUGUCAGCGCGGGCGGGGUCGAACAAAGACGGUCAAGAGAAGGAUCCCUGCAGCUUUUUUUGGAAUACAAAAAAGCUGAAUAGUGAAAAUUAUGGGAUGUAAACAUCAGGCAGGGGUCUCUCAAUCACAUCCAAACUUUCACCAGGCUGAGUUCCUCAAAAACAACAAAAAAAUCAACAAAUUUUAAAUGAAAUAUAUGAAUAAAUUAUGUUUAAAGCUGAGAAAGUGCACCCUAUCCCUUCCCCGCAUAUAGUACUGUACCUGCACCAGCCUCCCCGGACUCAAACCAGCUAACUGUGACUCCUAAGUGUUUCUGGCUGGCGCUGAGCCGUGGCGGCGUUGCAAAAGAAAAAAAAAAAGAGGUUAUAUAUCAAACACAGAGGGAGUGAAACAAUGUCAGUCGGUGUGAUAGUUUGGAUCUAUUACUUUUGUCUGUCCAGAUCCGUCCACACCUCUGAGGCCAAACAGUCAUGUAUCCAUGAGGCUGCUUCUGUAAUGAAAAGUGUCCUGUAACAACCAAGGCCUUAACAUCUGCAACGACUGUGUGUGCUCAAUAAAUGUUUUUUUUUUUAUUUAAACCA